AAUAACCGAACUUUAACCCCUUGACUGAAGUCUUUCUCGUUCUCAAGUGCUUUUCUAUCACUGUUUCUUCGCAAAAAAGUAUAUCUUUAUUACAGUUUGUUUACGCUGAGAAGUCAGUUUUUAACAGUGUGUGAUGUAAAGACCCCGGAACAGUCGAAACGAGAUCGCGAGAAAAUCCAGUAUGGCGACUUCCGCGAUCGUUCACUUCCUUCGUGAUUUUUUUCAUUGAAUAGUCUUGUUUAUUUCGCAAAAUAUGGAUAUUUUUCCAGUGUAGAUCCGACAAACUUACUGGGGAUUCGAUCCAGUGGAGAUGCCGUUCUUCAAGAGAAAGUCUGAGAAAACAAACGAUGGCUCUGUCAAGCAAGGCAAUAACAAGAAUAAACACCCUGUAAAGAAUACACCCCCAUCCAGCAAUACACCAUCACCAGUGCACCAUCCCAGUAAUUCACAACACAUGGCCAAUGGCAUACAAAGUAGAGUUAUAUCGGAUGGUGCUGACAUUAGCAGUGUUGGUGCUCGACCUAAGGUUCCAUUAUUACGAGAUAGAAGUAAACAAGAAACUUCAGUUGGAGACCUGGGAAUAGGGUAUGAAAGUCCAACAAGGUCAUCAGUGCAGAAAUCUAAAUCACGAUUAUCUAAACCAUUACAAGAAGUGCUUUAUGACAGCCAUGGUGCAUUGCCCUAUUUGAUUCAGUUUAUGAGUGCACAAGGAUGCCCACAAUUGGUACAAUUUUGGUUGUCAGCGGAAAGCUUUGGGUCAGCUACAUGGACAAAACUACGUGCAGAGUCAUUGCAUUCUGUUAGUAAAAGUACUGUUAGUAAUAGCAGUGAUGUUAAAGUACAGCAACUGGAAUCGAUUUUAAGCAAUAAACAUAAGGAACAUGCAGCGAGUGAAAAAAAUGUGGGAAAUUCACAUAAUAGUGAAACCACUGAACAGAAUUCAACAGACCCAGGAUCGGGCACAGAAUUAGCACAGAAAUUGAGGGAAUCAUCACUUUCUAGAUGCACAGACAGUAGUACAUCAUGUAACAGUGAUACUAACCAUAAUUUAAAUAAAGACAUUAUUAGUUCAGUCUCAUGUGAGGAUAAAUCAGCGGCAAAACUAAAGAAAGCAAUAGAAUCGGAUGCAGUCAACAUUUUCACUCGAUAUCUGGGCCAGGAUGCACCUAACCCGAUUGGAAUCCCGGAUGAUCUCAGAUUAGAAGUAAUCCGUAAAAUAUGCAUGGAGGAUGGACAGGUUGACCCUAAUUGUUUUGUACCUGUGCAACAUUUUGUACAGAAACAUAUUCAAGAAAAUUAUUUUGAUGCAUUCCUGCAAAGUGAUUUCCAUUGUAAAUAUCAAGUUGAUGUAUUGACUAGUGGCAGUGUAUACUUAACAGACAUUCUGUACAAUCAAACUGCCAUGUUUUAUUUCAUGGAGUAUGCGGAACAAGAGGGAUGUAUAGAUCUAUUGCAGUAUUUUUCUUUACAAGCCACCAAUCCUGUUGGGUUCAGUGAUGCAGUACGGUUUGAAGUGGAGUGCAAUAUUUGUAGAGAAGGUGGACCAUUACCAGACUGCUUUUCUACUUCAUUGAGGAUUGCCCAUAAUACUUUAGAAAAGGUGUACUUAAAGAGUUAUUUCACCAGUGAGAUGUAUUUGAAGUACUUGAAUGAAUUAAUACACCAAAUAAAGAAUGAGCAGGUGGAACCAAGUCCCCAUACAAGACGGAAAAGACAUCCCAGUGAGUCAAGUAGUGAAAACAGUAAUGGCAGCUUUAAAGAUGGUAAAAAUACACUGCUUGCUGACGGUACUGUCAAGAAAGUAGCAGAGAAAGUGGAAUCUGGUAAUUUUCGCAUUGAUACUGGUAACUUUGAUCCUGAUGCCUUAUGGCAGAGGCCGUCAGCAAAUAUGAUGUCAUUUGGUAAAGUCAAUGAAUUUGGUCAGUUCAUUGCAGAAUGUGAACCAGACCCAGAAGUCAAGAAAAAUAAAACUUCUAAGCUGGAUAAAGUCAAACAGUGGGUUACUGGUAAUGAGGACCAGGUACAGGAAGAGAUGGCGUGGCAGGUAGCACAGAUGAUUAUAAAUGAUGUCAGCAAACAAACUCUAGGAUUGGAUGAAGAUGAUGAUGAAGAUGAAGAUGAUGAAGAAGAGAUUGAUGUCUCUGAUUCAGAUGAUGAAUUAAGUGAGGAAGCUACAGGGAACACUCAGGAAAAGAGUAGUAACUCUUCAGGGAAAGAACAACGCAAGAGAAUAAAUUGAGAGAGAUUAUGACGACUAUGUUGCAAUUACAAUUGUGUAUGCCAGUAUACAUGUGUAUAUAUAUAUAUGUAUGUAUGUGUCUAUUUCAACUAUUGUCUUUCACUCUUUUUGUGUUUUCCUCAAAGCCAAAGUAAUCAAAUUAGUAUUUUGUGUGGC